AUGAGAAAGAUCAGCAACGCCGUGCUCGGCGUCGUCAACUCGCUCACUCUUCUCCUAUCUCUCCCGGUGAUCGCGGCGGCGCUGUGGCUAACCUUCCGCUCAGCGGCCUUGUCGGAGUGCGGCCGGUUCCUGCUCCUGCCACUGCUCGCGGUGGGCGCUGCCCUGUUCGUGACCUCCCUGCUCGGCUUUGUCGGCUCCUUCUUCCGCGUCUCCGGCUUCCUGUGGACCUACCUGGCGGUGUUGUCCCUGGUGAUCUUGGCGGUGUUGGCAUUCGCGGUGAUGGCGCUGGCGGUGACCAACAGGAGCGUCGGGCGGGCGCUGUCGGGGAAGGGUUACGAGGAGUACCGUCUGGGGCACUACUCUCUGUGGUUACAGAGACGGGUGCACGAGUGGAAGAACUGGAAGGUGAUCUCCUCGUGCUUGAAGGAGGGAAAGGUUUGCCGACGUGGAAGCAUCUUCGCCGGAAUCAUGGCCGGGCUCUUUUUCAGGCGAAACCUCACACCCAUACAGGUCCGUCUCCUACCUGCGAUCUUUUGUCCCAACAAACAUCCUUCGAGGAUGAUGCGGUAA